AUGUAUUCACAUCUUGCUUUUGCUGCUUCCUGCACCCUAUCUUAUUUCUUUAUUAGACCGACUAAAUUACAACGUCAAUCAUCUUUAUGUCAUUCAUGUCGUUAUGCACGUAUCCAUCAUGUUCCUUCAUUUCAUACAACACAUAUACCACAACCAACAAAACAAGAAUCAUCAUUUAUGAAAACAACAAGUUCAACAAAUUUAACUGAAUCACUUUCAUCAUCAUCACUUGUUGCUGCUAAUGCUGCAUCAACAUUAUCAUCAGCAGUAGCAAUAACAGAUAAUAAUAAUUCUAAUGAUUUUAUUUCACCAGUAUUAAAACAUCGUUUAUCAACAUCAUCACUUCCAUUUUCAAUAUUAAACGGUGAUUCAGGUGUAUAUGGAUCACGCAUAAGUAUUGCCGAUGAUGUUUAUGAACAAUUAUGUGAAAAACCAAAAAAAUCUGAUAAUCACAAAGCAUUCCUUCCACGUGAUCAUUGUGUAAAAGAAUUACUUGAUACAGAAUUAAAUUAUCGUGAUUCAUUAAAUCAAAUAGUUGCACAUUUUAUUGAACCAUUACAAUUGAAACAAGAAGAAAGAAAAAGAAUUUUUUUAAAUAUUUCUGAUAUCCAUGCAUUACAUUCGGAAUUUUACGAAGAUUUACGUUCAGCUGGCCGUAAUGAAAAAGGUCGUACAUCACGUAUUGUAGAUUUAUUUACCAAAUGGCAAGAUCGAUUUUUGAUAUAUGCAAAAUAUUGUUCGGAAUUACCUGAUGCUCAAGAAUUUCUUGAUCGAAAAAUAAAACAAGAUGGAAGUUUUGCACAAAAACUUGAACAAUGUCGACAGAAAGCAGGUGAACUUGGUAAAUUUCAAUUACGUGAUACAGUUGUUUUACCAUUUCAACGUAUUGUUAAAUAUUCAUUAUUAUUACAUACAAUGAAAAAAAAUGUUCCAUCAUCAGAUCCAAAUGGUGACACAAAACGACAACUAUUAGAAAAAGCUGAACAUUUAAUGAUUGAUGUAAAUCAAUAUAUAAAUGAAGCUAAACGUGCUCAUGAUAAUUUAAAAGUUAUAAAUAAUAUUGAGAAAACAAUUUGUGAUAUUAAAUUACCAUCAGAAAGAUGUUUACGUAGUUAUGGUCGAUUUAUUGCUGAUGAACAAUUUACUGUUUAUGAAGAUGGACAUCGAAAUGGAACAAGAACGGUAUUUCUUUUUGAUCGAGUUCUUUUAAUAUGCAAAGUUAAAGGAUCAGAAAAAUAUACAUUUCGUGCUGCUUUAUUUAUUCAAGGAUGUCAAAUAGAAGAAUUAAAAGCAGCAAAACGCGAGUUUCCAUUUAUUUUACGUGAUAAUUUAAAACAUGAAUAUAAAUUUGUUGCUAAAACUGAAGAAAAACGUUCAUUUUGGUUGAAGAAUUUACGAGAUGCUAUUGAUCGAUGUUCAAAUCCUGAGUUAUCUGAAAAUGGACAUUCUUUUCAAAUGAAAUCAUUUGAUGAAAUAAAUCCACGUUGUGAUUUUUGUCAUAAAUAUUUAUGUGGAAUAUUUUAUCAAGGUUAUGAAUGUUUAAAAUGUCGAAAAAGACUUCAUCGAGAAUGUAUUAAAAAAAUGGGACCAUGUUUUCACAGAGCAUCACUUGAACGUAUUCGAAGUUUUGAUCGUGGUUCAAUUGAAUUGCCUCGUGCAUUUAGUAAUGCAUCUACUGUUAAUAAUCACAGUCAAGUUUAUGCUUUGUAUGAUUAUGAUGCUUCAAUACAUAAUAGCAAUAAUAAAUCAACUAUAAAUCGAUUUACUGAUAAACAUAUUAAAGUUAAUGAAGGUGACGAACUUGAAAUAAUCGAAGAUGAUGAUGAACAUAUAUGGAAGGUAAAAAAUCUUCGAACUAACGAAAUUGGUCUUAUUCCAGCAACAUUGGCUGGUACAAUCGAUGGUGAUCUACAAAGAACAAUUCAACGUUCAUCAACAACUCUUACCGACACUUCAUCAUUGCGUUCGAAUAUAUCAUCAACACUUGCUCAUCACUUUCCCUUUAUUCGUUCACUUGUACAAGCCUAUAGUCCACCUAUUCCAAUGCGUUUAGCAAAUACAAAUGCAUAUUCAAAUCCUCCAUCAAUAAAUAAUAAUAAUAAUAAUAACAGUACUAAUAAUAAUGUACCUAUUCAACGUUCAAAAUCUAUUUCAACACCAACAACACCAGAAAAUAUUUUAAAUAAACAUCGAACGUUACAGUUAUCAUCUUCUUUUGAUAAUCCAUCUGUAUCAUCGAAAUUUGUUCCAUUAUCACCCAAUAAUCAUAUCUAUGAUUGGUAUUUAGAUAUUAGUCGACAUCAAGCAGAAGAUAUAUUACGAAAUGAUACUGUUCCAAAUAAUACAUUUCUUGUUCGAAAACAAGGCAAAAAUGAAGGACAUGCUAUAUCGAUUAAACAUAAUAAUGAAGUUUAUCAUAUUCGAAUAUAUACCCUAGAAGUCGAUGGAUCAACUAAACAUUAUUUAGUUGAUAGUCUUCUAUUUGACAGUUUACAAACUUUAGUUCAACAUUAUCAAACACAUUCACUUGAAGAUCGUUUUCCACCUGUUAAAAGUUCAUUAGUGCAUCCAAUAGCACAUGUAUGUAGUCAUGAUAUGCUACUUUUACCAGCCACACUUUAG